UUACCUGAGGCGUUCGUAACAUGUUUGGUGAUUAUGUUAAUAUUCGGUUAGAUUACUUUGACCUUUAAAUAUAAAAUGGGAUUUCCACGCUCAUUCUACGUCAGUUUAUAUCGAAAUCUUCGACAAUGAAGUUUGGUGUCGUUGUAUUCUUGUUAUUUAUAAUGAUGAUCAAUUCGAUAUCAACACAUCACAAAGAACCUCCCUGCCGUCAAGACUUUUGCUACACAGUAAAAUGCAUCUCUACACCUAAAGAAAAUUGUACUAUAGAUCAAGUUUUCCAACCACGUGAUGAGAAGAAGUGUAUAUGCUGCGAUAAGUGCAUUCCAAAACAAGAUUGCGAUCCAACUUUCUGCAGCAGAGUUCGAUGCAUUAAUAAAAACGAAUCAGAUUGCACUAACGAUGAAGUUUUUCAACCACGUGAUGAGACCAAGUGUAUCUGUUGUAACACCUGUGUUCCAAAGAAAGAUAUUCAAGCUUUAUAAAUGGUAUGAAACGUAAUAAUCCAAGAUAAUACUUCUAUCAGCUUAUAAUGAAACGUUGUCAAGAUUCGUGGAAAAUAAAAAAAAAUUUCAAGUUUCCAAGAAAUAAUCUGCAAAACAUUAGAUACUAAAUAAAUUUGCUUUAAUAAUUAA